GCAGCCCCCACCCUCGUGGCUCUCUGCGUUUGUGUCUUUCCCCAGCUGCCUACCCCCAAAGCUGUGACGUGUCAGAGUCAGGCGUGGGGCCAGGGCUUCCUUAAGAGGCGGUGUGUGGGGUGAGGAGCUGCUUCCAAUUGCGAGGCAGCAGCACAUGACAUAAGAUGCUCCAGAUCUGCCUCCUGGGCGCUAGUUUAAAACUGAAGGGCUGUAGAGAUCGGGGCUGAGCUGGAGCCGCUGCAGCCGGCGGGGGAUGAGGGCAGAGGCUGCUCCUGCAGCCCUCAGCGGGCUGGGCGAGGAGGACGCAGGGAUGGCGCUGGUGGAACCUGUCCCCGCGGCUUACUUCUCUUCAGCUCCCGAAGGCAAGCAGGGGGAGGUGGCACUGGAGGAUGUGCUGCUUGGAUCUCCAGCCAGAACUGCUGAGGUCCACAGCGUUGAGGCAGAUGAAGAUACAAAGCCCAAGGGGUGUCAGGUGGCCACACCUGGUUGCAAAGCCUCCUCACCACCUACCUCCAGCCUGUGGACAACACAAAGAGAUGGAGAAGUCAAGCUGAGAAUGGAGGAGCAGGGCAUAGGCAGUGAGGCACCAAAGACUGUUCAUCAGCUGCUGCAGGAAGCUGUUAGGAAAUAUGGGGACUACUAUGCCCUUGCCUCCAAAAAAGGUGGCCAGUGGAGAAAACUCACCUACAAGAUGUACUAUGAGGAGUGCUGGAAGGCAGCAAAAAGCUUUCUGAAGCUGGGCCUGGAGCGUUUCCAUGGAGUCUGCAUCUUGGGAUUCAACUCUGCAGAGUGGUUCAUUGCUGACAUUGCAGCUAUCCUGGCAGGUGGAUUUGCUGUUGGCAUCUACACCACAAACUCUCCUGAGGCCUGUCACUAUGUAGCAGACAACUGCAGUGCCAACGUCCUGGUGGUGGAAAACCAUAAACAGCUGCAGAAGAUCUUGGAAAUUCAGCACAAGCUACCUCAUCUGAAGGCCAUUGUCCAGUAUGGAGAAGAGCUGAAAGAGAGGAGACCCAACCUCUACUCUUGGAGUGAGUUCAUGGAGCUGGGCAAGGACGUUGCAGAUGCUCAGCUCCAGGAGGUCAUCGCCUCGCAGAAGCCGAACCAGUGCUGCACACUCAUCUACACCUCGGGGACCACAGGGCAGCCCAAGGGAGUGAUGCUCAGCCAUGACAAUCUGACCUGGACGGCAGCGGCGGCAGGAGCGUUCCUCAUGCUGACGGAGGCGCCGGAGCGGCAGGAGGCUGUGGUCAGCUACCUGCCCCUCAGCCACAUCGCCGCGCAGAUGUGCGACAUUUGGUCUGCCAUGACCUUCGGCGCGCAGAUCUUCUUCGCUCAGCCGGAUGCGCUGAAGGGCAGCUUGGUGGACACGCUGAGGGAGGUGAGGCCAACUGCUUUCUUGGGAGUUCCUCGGGUCUGGGAGAAGAUGGAGGAGAAGAUGAAAUCCAUAGGGGCAAAGUCCUCAACGCUCCGAAGGAAAGUGGCGACCUGGGCCAAGGGAGUUGGGCUGCAGACAAACCUGAAGUGGAUGAAUGGCUCGUCCGAAGUGCCCAUGAACUUCCGCCUGGCCAGGCACUUGGUGUACAGGAAGGUGCGGAAGGCUCUGGGGCUGGAGAGGUGCACAAAGUGCUACACAGGAGCUGCUCCCAUCACCAGAGAGACCCUGGAGUUCUUCCUGAGCCUCAACAUUCCUCUCUUUGAGCUCUAUGGCAUGAGUGAGAGCUCUGGGCCUCACACCAUCUCCCUGCCUCACGCCUUCAAGCUAACCAGCUGUGGAAAGGAAGUGACAGGCUGCAGGACUCUGAUCAACAAACCAGACAGAGAUGGCACUGGGGAGAUCUGCUUCUCAGGGAGGCACAUCUUCAUGGGCUACCUGAACAUGGAGGAGAAAACCAGGGAGGCAAUUGAUGAAGAUGGCUGGCUGCACUCAGGAGACCUUGGCAGGCAUGACAAGGAUGGAUUCCUCUACAUCACAGGCAGGAUUAAAGAGCUGAUCAUCACUGCUGGAGGUGAGAACGUUCCCCCUGUCCCCAUCGAGGAUGCUGUGAAGGAUGCUGUGCCCAUCAUCAGCAAUGCCAUGCUGGUGGGAGACAAAGCAAAAUUCCUUGCUAUGCUGCUAACAUUGAAGUGCAAUGUGGACACAGAAACAGGGGAGCCAGGAGAUGACCUCACCCCAGAAGCCAUCGAGUACUGCCAGAAGCUGGGCAGCAAGGCCACCAAAGUCUCUGAGGUCCUCAGCAGCAGAGACAAAGCCAUCUAUGGAGCCAUCCAGAAGGGCAUCUCUGCUGUCAAUGAGAGAGCUGUCUCCAAUGCCCAGAAGGUCCAGAAGUGGGUCCUGCUGGAGAAGGAUUUCUCUCUCUUUGGUGGAGAGCUUGGCCCCACCAUGAAGCUGAGGAGAGCUGUGGUGGCUCACAAGUACAGAGACCAAAUCGCUCAGUUCUACAGCGAGCAGGAGGUGGCCGCGCAGAGCCCGCUGCAGCAGUAGCCCUGUGGCCUGGAGGACAAUGUCCCUGCUGUCACCAAGGCUCCCUACAGGAAGGAGAAGAAGUCUUCUGGGUUCUCCUGAAAUAAAUGGAGGCUUUGGGCAGCAGCAUCUCCCCUCCCCACUUCCCCUAACCUGGCCAUAGUGUGGCCCUCGUCCUGCAGCGUGGUGACCGUGUCUGUGCUCUCCGUGUCCUGAGAUGUUCCUCUCUGUCUCUGCCCUUGGUGGCUUUUGGCCUUUCAGGGUUUGUUUUUGGUGGCUUUUUUUUUUUUUUUCCCUCAUACCAUCUUUACCUCUUCUGUUCUGAACCAAAGUUUGUUGGGUGUUGGUGGUUUGGUUUAAUUUAAAACUCUCCUGAGCCGAAUGUAAGAAGCAAUCAGCAGCUGCAGCUCCCUCCAGAGGGAAGAGGAACAGAGGUCAUGUUCCAGAGGUGUUCUUCCACCCCCACCCUGCCCUCGAGUGCAUGUUCAGCUGCAUGCUGGUGACAUCAGAGUUCUUCUGAGUCUCUGGAACCCCCAGACUGUCUCCAAGAGGACAACUCCUCAGUGCCUGUGCACGCCCUGGCUCGGGGGGGGGUUGUGUGGAGCCUCAUCCUUGCUGGCUUUGUGCAAUAUUUUUGGGUCUGGUUUAGCUGCUUUUUGGAGUUACUCUGAAGCCAUCACUGGUGGUGUCCAACCAGCAUCCACCUGGCCUGUCUUCUGAGAAGGGUUUUUCCACACAGAGAUUGUUUUAUUUGGCUGUGGUCUGGCUGUAGUCUAACAGCCAUAGAAAUGGUGGCUGGGAAGUGUCCUGGAGCUCCAGGGGAGUGUCCUGGAGCUCCAGGGGAGUGUCCUGGAGCUCCAGGGAAGUGUCCUGGAGCUCCAGGGAAGUGUUGUGGAGCUCUCCAGAGUGGUGAGGUUUGGCUUGAUUGAAGCUCUGUAGCUGUGCUUGUAGAGAGAGGAGAUGUGGUAGGAACUCAGGAGCUCGAAGGCUGCUUCUGGAGGUCUCUGAUCAACUCCUCCAGCAGAUGCAAAGCUCCUUUGCACUGAAGGCAGGACACAGAGGGCAGCCUUCUCCAGUGCUGGGAGCUCUUGAAGGUCUCUCCUAAAUGGUUCUACAAGGUCCAAAGCCUGCAGGGAUCCUUUCAUCCUGAAGGAUUUUGCUUCUAAAAAUGGCUUGGUUGAAACUAGGAACCAUGAGUGUGAAAAGUCAGCAUCACAGAUCCACUGUGGGUGGAGAAGACCUUCAAGAUCCUCCAGUCCAACCAUUCUCUGCCUCUGCCAAGGCUGGGGCUAAGCCAUGGCCCUCAGCACCACAGCUCUGCAGCAUUUCAACUCCUCCAGAGGUAGGGAUUCAGCCACCUGCCUGGGCCAGGUUUAUGGAACCUUUGCAGUGAAGAAGUUUCUUCUGAUGUCCAACCUAAACCUCUGCUGGGACAACUUGAGGUCAUUUCCUCCAAUGCAACAAACAGCUGCACCCCUUGAUUCUGAGCAGUGCCUCUCAGAGGCAAAAGAAGAGGAGCAGAGCUGGUGGGGGGCGUGGAGGCAUCAACAGUGCAAGGUCAGGGCAGUGCUGCCCCUCCAGCACUGUUUGCUGUUGAACCCUCACAGUGCUGGGCAGCAGCAGUACCUGGAGCUGGGCACUUUGGGGAGGCUUCAAGCUGAAAACCUCCUUUCUGCCCAGGGCUGAGUGAAAUUCCUCUUGCAGGAGUGGCCUCAGCACCUGGAGGGAGGCCAAAGCUCCCUGCUAAGUGCUGCUGGGCUGCUGCCCAUGUUUGUGCUCUGAGCUGUGUGGAGCUGGAAGGUCUCUAGGGGCCAGGAAAUGCUGAAUAAAACUCUGCAGUUUGUGUCCCAAUGUUUCAA